AUGGCAUCCAGGUCGUGUUUGCUCCCCGGGGCUCUCGAGUGGCGGCUGGUGCUGGCCGGUACUUGUCUCUUCUCUGUCGGGGUCAUUGCCGGAGGACUUUGGAACAAGAAGAAGGCUACGAUCGUGCGGUCUCCGAGAGUGACGGUGCUGCCGAAGCUGUCCCCAGAGGAAAUCGCCGACAUACCCUACCCUCCAGAUGUGCUCCCGGGGGCCCGCGACGUCGAAACACCUCACGGCUCGAUAAGAGUGUACGAGUUCGGCCCGGAAGAUGGGCGCAAGGUCCUCCUUGUCCACGGCAUCAGUACUCCUGCGAUUGCGCUGGGAGCCGUUGCCCACGCCCUUGUGGACAAUGGGUGCCGCGUCAUGCUCUUCGACCUGUUCGGACGAGGCUACUCGGACAACCCUGAAGACCUGCCUCACGACAUCCGGCUUUUCACGACUCAGAUACUGCUCGUCCUAGCGUCGUCGCCGUUAUCGUGGACCGGCAAGGACUCUGGUAAAUUCACUCUGAUCGGUUACUCUCUCGGCGGCGGGAUCGCUACGACCUUUGCAUCCUACUUUCCCAACUUGAUCGACAGCUUGAUCCUAUUUGCGCCGGCCGGAAUACUGAGGCCCUAUCACAUCAGCCGCACGAGCCAUCUUAUCUAUUCGGAAGGCCUGAUCCCAGAGUCUUUGCUGCAGCGCUUGGUGAGAAAGCGACUUCGGAGUCCCAUGGCCAAGCCACUGAAGAAACCACUCGACAAGGAUACCACGGUUGAUGCAACUGAGGCGGUAGCGGCCGAGGUCAACCUUGAAGCCAAUUCUCAGGCUCUUCUCUCCAAGAUACGUCCCCACGUCACUGUCGAGAAGACGGUCAUCUAUCAGCUAGACAACUACCCGGGCUUCGUCGCGGCAUUCAUGUCCAGCAUUCGCUACGGUCCUAUCCGACAUCAGCAUGACCGAUGGCGAGCAUUUGGCCAACAUUUGGCCCGCGUAAACCAAGAGACUGGUAAGCAGAAGAAAGUGCUGAUCGUCCUGGGGACCAACGAUCCCAUAAUCAUCCAGAAAGAGGUCCAGGAAGAUGCCACAGAAGUGCUCUCGGGCAAUGUGGAAUUUGCCAUCUUCGAGGCCGGACACGAGGUGCCAGUCACGAAAGGCGACCAAAUCGUUGCCCGGAUUCUGGAUUUCUGGCAAAGGACAGACUGA